AUGGGUAGUAACCUAACGUUAGUGGGAGGUUAGUACUUAUUUUAUUUCAUUACUUUAAGCUGACCCUGACGUUAUAUAACGGGAAAGACGCAAGGUGCUCAAAACACAUAAACAUGACAGCCAUUUCGUUCCCCUCGAGAACAAAUGGGGUGAAGAGCAAAGUGUCUCUCAAGCCAAAGAGGGUGACUCCAUCUGCUUACACCCAGGAGAUGUUGCAGUCUACAGAGGAGCGCCUGGCUAGCACCGACAACAUGCACCAGCCUCGCAUUCUGGAACUGCUGGACAUGAGCAACACUACGCAUCACAAAUUCUCCUUGGUGGCUAUGGAUCAGCCACUCUUCCAGCCCUACCCGUCUGAGCUGGUCUUCCAGAACUUCACUCCUGCUCAGACCUACAUGUUACCUCUGCUGCUCCGCAACAUUGACAAGGUUUCACGACACGUGAAGCUGGAGCUGCCGGAGUCUGAGUAUUUCCGUGUGGUCGGACCAGAGGAUGCAGGCAGCAGGGUCGCACCAGGACUAUCUGCUACCUUCACUGUCUUCUUCACCCCGCAGGAGAACAAGGACUAUCCCCACAGGCUGGUUUGUGUGACCGAGCGGGAGCGCUUUGUGGUCCCAAUCCGUGCCAUCGGGCCACGGGCCAUUCUUGACUUUCGCGACGAGCUCCAUUUACCCGUCUGUCCCGUGAAAGCCUCCACAGAGAGGACUCAGCUGGUCCGCAACAUAGGAAACGGCAGGGCCAAGUUCAUGCUAGACACACAGAGCCCUUUCUCAGUGACCCCCUCCUGUGGGACUCUUGAUGAGGGCGAGAGCAUGCAGGUGACUGUGGAUUUCAGCCCCAUGACAGUAGGAGUCCACAGCCAAGUGCUGCUUCUGCACUACCACACAGGUGAAGAUGUGUACAUCAGCUUGUGUGGCGCUUGUGAGGAACUGAACAUCCGUCUUGAGCCGGACUCUGUUCUGUUGAGUCAGACCUACAUUUCCUUGGCCAGCGUUCGCAAAGUAUUCCUCACUUACAGCAGUGAGAUCUCUCUGAAGUACUGCUGGACGACGUGGCCCAGCCUGCAAGAGGAGGCUCUGAGCUUAUUGAGGGAGAGCACGGCGCUCCCACAGACGGAGGAGGGCGAGAGGGAGCGGCUGCUCGUUCAGUGCGAGUCUGACCCCGCGGCGAUCCAUCGCCUCCCACUGCUGUCCAGAGCCCUGCAGGAGCGCCGAAGCCAGGCAGUGAGGGACUAUCGCCUGACCCUCUCACACAGCUGCAUCACUGUGGAGCCAGCGGAGGGGGAAAUAUGGCCCAAAACCCCGGCACAGUUCAACAUCGUCUUCAAGCCUGAGGAGGCCAAACUGUACCAACAAACCAUAUAUUGUGAUGUCACAGGCCGUGAAGCUCGGUUGCCUCUCACAAUACACGCCGAGGGCAUGGGACCUAAUCUCCAGCUCAACUAUGACCUGGUGGACAUGCAGAACGUAUUCGUUGGUCACAAAACACGUUAUGAAGUGCAGGUUCACAACAGAGGACUGAUUGAUGGCCGUUUCAGGCUGUCAGGCCUUGACACCACUUUCGGCCGCUGUUUCUCCUUCAGUCCUGAGGAAGGUGUUGUUCCCCCCGGGGCCUUCCAGACUGUGGAUGUCACCUUCCACAGUCGCGUCUUGGGAACCUUCUCCGAGGACUUGCUGCUAACUGUCACAGGACGACCGCAACCGCUUACCGUGACUUUCAGUGGUUGUGUCAUUGGUCCUACAUUCCACUUCAAUGUUUCAGAACUCAAUUUUGGAGAUGUAGCCUUUGGUUACCCACUAAGAUUGCGUUGUUCCCUCAUCAACACCUCCUUGGUGCCAAUGACCUUUGCCCUGCGUGUCCUGGGAGACGGGUUGGGUUCUCCCAGUAUAAACAGUGCCCAACAGGCGUCCGAAGUGUCCCGGAACAAUUGGGGAGGCAGUGCUGCUAGAGACCUUCAUGCACGGCCUGUGGAGUUCACCGUCACACCUGCUGCGGGCUCUGUGCGUGCCUUGUCAGAUGUCACCAUUCAGGUGAUGCUGUGCUCCAACACAGUCAAGAGAUACAGGCUGGCGCUGGUGGUGGAUGUUGAAGGUGUCGGAGAGGAGAUCCUGACUCUGCCUAUCAAUGCCAGUUGUGUUGUUCCUGAUAUUGUGGUGGAGACUCCAGUGUUGGACUUUCGAAGGUGUUUCCUCGAUCGGCGCUACGAACAGCAACUGCGGCUGACCAACAACAGCACUCUACCUGCCUGCUACGGCAUGCUUGACCAGGAAUACCAGGAGAGUCCGUCACUGCUUUUUGGCAGUUCCGCACCAAGAGGAUUGAUACUUCGUCACAGUUCAGAGGAGCUUCCUGUGUUUCUGCUGGCUAAGUCCGUAGGAAAGCAGACACACACUCUACGCAUCGCUGUGUUCGGCAGCAGCCAGCCGCCCUUGGAGGUGACUGUGUCCUGUAUUGGGCAGGGACCAAUAGUUCGUGUUCACAGUCCACAGCUGGACUUUGGCACAAUCCCGGUUCUGACGGACAUUACCAGAGCCCUGCACCUGUCAAACCAGUCUCCUAUUCCAGCCCACUUCACUGCUCACAUGAGCCACAGAAGUUCCUUUGUGCGAGUUGAGCCCAGUGAGGGGGAAGUGCCACCCGAGAGCCAGCUGGAGCUGAGAGUAGUGGCCCACCUGAAGGACACGCUUCACUUCCAGGCCAGGCUGGAAGUGUCCAUCCAGGACAGCGAACCGCACGCUGUGCUUCUGUCCGCCACAGGCACCGGCACCACAGUUGUCAGUGACAAACCUUUCGCUCCCAACCUUGACCUAGGCACAUACUUAAGCCAUGCGUCAUGCCAGUAUCACUUCAAGCUGACCAACCAGGGUGAGCGAACGAACCGGAUGUACUGGCGGAAUGACGGCUUCCAGCCCUCAGCAGAAACCCGAAAAAGGGGCAGCUUAUCCGGCCGAACCGUCCUGCCCCCCAUCUCUGCUCCCAGAAAGAAGGGUAUCUUGAGCUGUCAGUCCUCCAGCAGAGAGAAGGCAGUGUUCAGCCUCAGCCCUUCUCGUGUGGAGCUUGCUCCAGGCGGCUCUGUUGACAUGGUGCUGACGGGAUCUUCAGACUCCCCCAAGGUUGCACAGGAGCGCCUGGUGUGCCGUGGCUUUGUGGGUCGCCAGGGCUGCAAUGAGGUCAUCAUGUCUGUAGAUGUCACCUGUCGCUUUGUGGCUCCCUUACUCAGCAUUUCCUCCAGGCAGCUGAAAUUCUACCUGGAGAAGGUCCCAGGAAAGAGUCUAACACCCCUAUAUGAGAAGCUCAUCUUGGAGAAUGUGUCGUCUCUGCCUCUGUCCAUUGAGCUCUCUCUUGGGGAGCCGUUCUCCCUGUGUGAGGCCUCGGGAGCCCAUAGCCCAGCUACCACUAAGUCCAUGGUUUUAGGUGACGGGAGGCAGGCUAAGUUGUGGGUUUGCUUCAAUCCAACUUACUGUCAGGAUCAGGUGUCACGAGUCGUGGAAGAGGCCCUUGAGAUACACUACCAGGGACACCCACGGCAUGACACGGUGGAGCUGUACGCUGAGGUCCACUUCCCCAACCUCCACUUCUCCACCACCGCAGUGGACUUCGGCUGCGUGCUCAACUGCACGGGGACCCGCAGAGCAAUCUCCAUCACCAACUGCUCCCCGCUGCCCGUGUCCUACCACUGGGCCUUCCUGGAUGACCAGGAACACGGUGCCAUCGGAGAGACAGAGACGCUGGAGGCAGAGAGGGAGCAGACGGAUCCAGCAAACGGGACAAAAGAAGAAGGGUGGAGUUCCUCUAGAAUGCCUUCUUCUUCUGCCUCUUCGGAUCCGCUCAGCCCCAGGCCUGGUGCAGAUGAACAGAACAGCUCACGGGGCGCGGUGGGUGUGGAAGAGGUGUUUGACAUCUUCCCGAUAUAUGGUCGUCUGCGACCUGGGGAGCAGCAGCAGGUCAUUUUCACUUUCUUUGGCCACGAAAAUAUCAGCAGAGAGGUGGUAGCACAGUGCCGUGUAGAGGAGGGGCCGACGUAUGAAAUCACACUCAGAGGAGAAGCAUCUGUAAUCAGCUACAGCCUUGACUCCACGCAUAUUGACUUUGGUCUGCAGCUGUUUGAUCACGAAGGGGAAGCUGAGGUGACCCUGAGGAAUACGGGCAAGAUGGGCUUUAAAUUUAGCAUCAUAGGCCAUCAAAAGAAGGAUGAGGAGGCAGGUGAGGAGGCAGGGGGACAGAGGAAGGACCUGGAAGAGGAGCAAAAUGAGGAAGGACAGGAUGUCAUACCAGGCCGGCCCAUGGUCAUCCCCGCUAUGGGUUACAUUGAUCCCGGUGCGGAGCAAUGUCUGCAUGUGCUCUACCUCCCAGGCCUCCCCGAGGUGUUUGAGAAGCAGCUUCAGCUGCAGGUGGCUUUCCUGCCCCCGCAGCUCAUCACGCUGACUGGCGAGGGAGUGUUCCCAAGGAUCAGCCUGAACUUACCGCAAAACAUGUCCGAGGAGUGUUACAGCGAUGUGGUGCAGCAGGCCAGAACAGCCGUGGAGGGAGAGGAGCUUAUGAAUGGAACCGCCGGCGUUGGAGGAGAUACAACCGAGGCCAACCGCACCCUCACACAUGAAAAGCUGCUUCACAUGGAGAUAGAGAGGUCGUUGGUCAAACGGAAUGCUCUCGCUGUGACCGGUAGCAUGCUGGAGCUCAGAGACCUGCAGGGUUCCUCCAGAAAGUGGCACAAACUUAGCCAGUUCCUGCUCCCAGAGUAUGUUUUGGAUUUUGGUUACGUCAUUCCAGGCAGUGUCCUCAGUCACACUGUAAAUGUGACCAACACUGGUUCAGUGGCUGUGUCCUUCCUUGCCAAUGGCAAACCUCUAGCCGGAACAGGAUUCAGUGCAGACGUUAAAAGAGUGAAGAACCUGCCCUGUGGAGAGACACAGACUUUCACAGUUAAAUUUGCCCCCCAGAGAGCCAACCUGAAGAUUGGGGACACAAGUGUUGUCAUGCCAAUACAGGUCGCAGACGGCCCGGUGGUGCAGGUGCGGCUGUGUGCGGUGGUAACUGUGCCGGCCGUCACUGUUUCCAUGGAUACACUGCAGUUUGACACUGUGCAGUGUGGCAUGUGUCAGAUGAAGACAAUACAGCUGGUUAAUCGUGAGUCUGUGCCGUGCUGCUGGAGCAUAGCUGAGAAGGGGAAGCCUCUCGAAAAGCAUAAAAAGGACGUGCAGAUGAAGCGACCAGCUCCCGUGGUGUUCAAGAUGAUCCCCAGCUCUGGCAUGCUGUUCCCUGGUGAACGAGUCAACGUCCAGAUAACGUUCAGCCCCGCUGAGGGGCAUCCUUACAACAUGCAGCUACUGGUCCGUGUGGCUGAGAGCAGCCAGCAGGUGUUGAUUGCAGCCCAGGGGCAGGGUGACGAACCACAUCUCGAGUUCUGCCCGUCGGUGCUGGAGCUGGGGCCAUGCAUGCCUGUCGCCACUGAGGUUGAGGCUGAGGUCACCGUCAAGAACCGCUGCCCUUUCCCCGUUGAGUUCUACUCCCUGGAUUUUGACAAACAGUAUCUUGAGGAAGAAAAGAUCCUGCGUCUGAUACAGGGUUAUGAUGAGAACAACAUAUUACUGCUGCCUCCCAGAGCCACUGGAGAAAGUCUUCCCACAGAACUGCUCGAGUACUACCAGGAGCACUGCUCCCAGCUGAAAGACGAUGCAGAACGGAAGGAAGGCCUGGAUGAAGAAGAAGCCGUGAUGGGUGACACAUAUGAGGAAGGAGAGAGGUCAAGACAAAACCACGCCCACUCAGCAGACAGCAAAGUGGAAGAAGUGCACACUUUAAAUGUGAAACAAGCUGAACUACUCGAUUCAGAGAUGACCAUAGAGGGAAGCAGUGGGGGACUGGGGCAGCUAGAGAUGACCCCCGUUUCCAGAGCAAUUGCCCGCCACAUGCGUGUUGAUCUGUCACCUGAGGCUCUGGCUGCACGCAACCACAAAGGCAUUGCUAUUAUUGUAUAUGGAGCCCCACUGACAGAUAACGGCAGCACAGCGGCUGUUCUGGCACGUCAGUACGAAGGGGCGUGCCUGAGUGUUGACGCCGUGGUUACAGAGGUGCUCGUCAAUGGCACUUCACCUGUUAGCCGGACUGCAAGACAACUCUAUGACUGUGCUGCUGCCCAGUAUGCUGAGAAGAAGCCUGAGGAGGCUGGUCAGACCACAGAACCAGGACCCGCAGCAGAUCUAGAAGCCUCAGAACCAGCUCCACAUUCAGCUCGAGCUUCACGUGAUGCGGUGGAAGUUCCUUCAAAACCCAGUGAGGACGGCUUCAGUGGAAAUGACUCCAAGGCUCCUCGGGAGACUGAAAACACACACCUUGCCCUUUGCCUGGGAGGAGAUGUGACCUCACUCAACAAUCUCUUUCCUGAACAGCUAUUGGUUGAUAUCCUGACAGAAAGAUUUCAGCUAAGCGACUGUCACCGUGGCAUCAUGGUUGACGGCCUGGAGUCUGUGUACGCUCAGUCAGCAGGCAGCACACUGCAAAUUGUUCUCAGGGCUCUUAAUAACCGGAAACACAUCUUUGUAGUGAACCUGUCUGACUCCUACGCUGCCCUGAAGGCACGGGAGGAAGCACAGAAGGAAGCCGAGGAGGCUCUGCAGAAAGAGAAAGCUGACAGGGAGGAGCAGUUGCUGCAGGAGCUGGAUGAGGAGAAGUAUGACGCUCUGUCAGGGGAGGAGAAGGAGCGUAUUUACCAGCGACUAAGAGAGAAGCACAGACAGCAGAAACUCAGGGAGCUCGAGCAUAAAGCGAAAGAGGAGGAAGAAAAGAGGCUCCAGGAGGAGAUGAAAAGGUUGAGGGAAGAAGAGUUGAAGAAGAAGAACAGAAAGGGCGGAAAGAGGGAUUCUAAACAAUUGUCGAAGAAGAAGAUCUUGCUGGAGGGGAAGCAGUCAGCAGAUCCAUCGAAUUUGCGGCGGAUGUCUUCCUGUCACAACUCUAAAGAGUCACUCGUGGACGCCAGAGAGCAGCAUAAUUCAAAUGAAGUGCAUCACAGCAAAGAGGCGGAUGAUUUGCAAAAGCAGACGGAAGAAACCAAAGUUGUACUUGCAGAGUCUCCUCAACCCUCAGACCAGCUGGAGAGAGAAAGGAGUAUAGAAAGUGCAGAGAUGAAGAGGCUGAGAGAAGAAAAAGAGUUGAAGAAGAGUAAAAUGGGAGGAGAGAGAGAUAAUACAGAAGCUUUGGUGAAGAGGAGCCCGUCUGGUAGGAAGGAGUCAACAUCUGCACCGGAUGUCGGUCGGGCGUCUUUCUGUGACAACUCAAAAAAAUCACAACUGGGCGCAAAAGAGCAACAUCAUUUAAAUGAAGGUGCCAGCAGAUUGCAUCAAAGCAAAGAGGCAGAUCAUUCACAGAAGAAGGCAGAAGAAGCCAAGGGAUCAAAAUCAGAGUCUCCUGUGUGCAUUGUGGAUGAGCUGCAGUCUCAGUUCAGUGCGUAUGAGCAGAGCCAGGGACAGGUGGAGCACAUCUUGCAGCACUGGGACCGAGCCCGGGGCUUGUUGCUGGUCCCGUUCCCCGGUGAAGAGGAUGCCCCAACAGAGAAGCAGACCGCUGUUGUUAGCAAGAAGAGCAAGAGAGCCAGCAGCAAGGUCUGUUCUCCAAUACCCAGUCAGAUGGCAGACACGGUGCUUCCACGGGACAUCAUCCCUCAUAUUGUCCUGAAUGUGACAGGGAAAGACUCUCCGAGUGCUGCAGAGCUGCUCAAAGGCAGCACCCUGCCUCCACUGGUCGAGGUGUUGGAUGAUUUGGGGUUGGGACCCAGCGGCCCACCCAUCCCGCCUCCCACCACUUUCUCAAUGGUUCCUUUCCCCAAAAACAGGGAGCAAUCUGACCGUCAACUCACCUGUAGCUGUUUCACCUUCCUGGUUCCCUCAGGGCUGGACGAACAGGAAGAUGUGCGAGUAUCAGUUGUAAAGAAAGAGGCAGCAGCAACAGUUCCCAAAGCUCGCAGCAAGAGCAGCAUGAAGGAGGUUGCAGUUACAAAAAACAAGGUUAAAAAGAGCAGAGAGAGUCAGAAGAGCAGGAGACAAACUUCAGCCAAGACAAAGGCAAAGGACUCGGACCGGCCUCGCUCACCUCUGUUACACGGCGCCUCCUCGUCUGACUGCACUGAACAAGACCAACACCAAGAAAACUUAGAGCUGAAACGCAACCAGAGCCUGACAACAUUUCGAUGGGUUGUACCAGCCAACGGUGAGUUGGUUCUGAAGAUCUGGUUCUACUCGGAGUCCCCUGGGAGGUUUGAGCAGACCUUCGGCUUUGAGCUCCUGGGGACCCGGAGACUCUACCAGCUCCUCUGCAGAGGAAUCUGCACCUAUCCCUCCAUCUGCAAAGACUACAUGACUCUCUUUGCCCACAGUAAGAAGGCAGCACAAAUGGAAGAAGGGCUCCAGAAGACUUACAUGAUCAAACCUGAAUGCUUUGAGUUUGGACCGUUACUCUGUGGCAAGACCAGAGACAGAUACAAGGAAAAUAGGUACCCAGAGAACACGGAGCAACUAGUGAUUCAUAACAAUUCAGGCCUGGAGGCUGAGGUCCAGUUCCAUUUCCUGCAUGAUAGCCAGGCCACCACAUAUCUGCUGGAACCCCCAACCAUGACUCUCAAACCUGACCAGAAACAGGAGUUGACAGUGUGGGCCUACCCAACAAAACUGGGACAAAUGAACGACAGCGUUGUGUGCCAAAUCAAGGACAAUCCGGAGCUUGUCAUCAUCAACCUCUCCUGCUGGGGCGUUCGGCCGGAGCUGGAGCUGGACAGCAAGCAUUUUCACUUUAAAAGGACUUUGCUGCACAGGCGGGACACUUGCUGCGUGGCGCUGCACAAUAAGACGGCUCUGCCGGUGUCUUGGAGACUUCAGGGUGUGGAGGAGUUGGGUGAUGAGUUCAGUGUGCCACAGGAUCAGGGCAUCAUCCCACCCAACUCCUCUUUCCCACUGUGCUUGUACUUCAGGGCCAGGAGGCCACUCCACAUUAAGAAGAUCUUGCGUCUGGAGGUAUCCGAUGUGGAGAUGAUUCUAGGCAUCGUGAACACAGAAAACCUUCAGGUCACAGCAGAAGCCUAUGACAUAAAUCUAGAGAUUAUACCAGCAGAUGGCCGUGUGGACUUUGGAACCAUCAAAGUCUUUGAAAAUGCCGAACUGUCUCUCAGGAUGAAAAACCAAGGGAAAUAUGAAAUAGCCUACAAGUUUACAUUGCCGCAGACCGACCAAAACCUGGACUCCAUUUUCAAGGUGUCCCCCAUGAGUGGGACUGUAAUGCCCCACGAGAAGCCCACAACAGUGCAAAUACUCUGCAGGCCCAAUAGAGAAGUCUUAAUUAGAGAGCAACCUCUCCUGCUUUGCCAGGUGAUUGAACCCAGCAUUGGGAAUGGAGGACAAACCGUAGGUACCAUAGACAUCAAGGUUUCACUCAAGUCUGUCUUCUCCAGGUACAAGAUCACACCUGCAUGUGACCUCAACUUUGGCCCACUGGUCUAUGGCUGCAAGAAAAGCCAGAGCUUCACUAUUGAGAACAACGGAGACUUUGAGACCUGUUUCACCAUCCGCCGCAUGAUCACGGACCCUGCGCCACCGGGGAAGGCAGGGAGUCCAGGUAGGAAGACGCCUCAAGAGAGCCAAUCAGAGAGACCCGCUUCAGACGGUAGCAAACUGAAACGCGAGUCCGUCCAGAAAGACAAGAGUGUGUUAAAGAAUCGCCUCACCGCGGGGGUGUUCUCAGUGACUCCCUGCGUCCGGAGCUUGCCGCCAGGCUCCCAGCAGGUGGUGACAGUGGACUGUGUGGCUGAACAGCUGGGCAACUGUAACCAGGGUUUGCUCAUUGAUAUCAGUGACCGUGAUCCUUCAGACCAGCCUGAUGGCAUACCGUACAGACUGCUGGCUGAAGUCUGCAGGCCAGGUAUAGCGUCAGACAUGUCAUCCAUCUUUGAGGAACACCAUCUGUGCCACAACAGCAGUCAGCUCUCCUCUGAGCAGUUUUGCAAUGCUGAACGCAUUUAUGUCCGGGACGAGAACAAGUUCAUUUUCAACAAAAUCCUGGUGGGGCGGACGGCCCAGGCCCGAUUCAAACUCACCAACAACAGCAAGGUGCCCUGUGUGCUCAGCUUGGCCAUCAAGUAUGUUGGCGCUAAGACGGGCCGUAGCGCGGAGGUUUUUGAUUUGUCUGCUACAACACUGAGCAUCCCCAGCAAGUCACACUUGUUCGCUGUGGUCACCUUCACACCUCAGGCGAUUCAGCUCUACAGUGCUGUGUUUGAGGCCACAUUGGAGAUAAUCAACAGGAGCAAGGUGCUGGAGUUCGACCUUAUGGGAGAGGGCAAUCUGCCCAAUAUAUGUGUGGUGCGUCCAGCUCUGAGGAACAGCAGAGGAUGCCCGAUGCUGCAGUUCACACAAGUGUUGGUAGGGCGCAGACAUACCCGGCCCCUGGUGCUGCUAAAUGAUGGCAAUGUUCCAGCUCAGGUCCAGAUUGACAUGCUGGAUAAACAUGGAGUGUUCACCCUCAAAGCUGCUCCUGGCAACACUUGCAGCUCCAUCCACUCCACACAGAUUGACUCAGAGCGUCAGUCGGUGCACCGAGCCAUGGUGAGGCUGGACGUUAACGAGCAGGUGGAGCUUGAGGUCAGCUUCUGCUCUGACAAGCCCCUGAGUGUCGAGGCCAAGAUGUCCCUGCAGGUGGAGGACAACCAGUAUGGCAAAACCACAAUACAAGUGACCGGAGAAGCUUACCAAGGAAUCGUCUCUCUUGACAACAUCAGGCGGUCGUUGCAGGAAAUAGAUCAGGAAGAUGAAGAGGGAGGUAAUUAUGAGGUGCUGAAUUUUGGGGACUGCCAUGUAGAUUGUCCCUAUCAAGAGAGUUUCACCAUGACCAACCACAGCAGCAGCCAGGCAGUGAGGUUUGAGUGGCCUCCUGUCGGAUCCCAUGUCUUCUUUUCACCACAGGUGGGGCACCUUCAUGCUGGUUGUUCCAAGGAAGUGACUGUCACCUUUAGCUCCAAUCAGCCAGUAACUCUUACCAGCCAGCCAAUAAGAUGCAAAGUUAGUCAGGUGGAGUUCCAGCAGCCGCUGGAGCAGGUGGCCGACUGGGACGACGGACAGAGGACGGUGCAGUGGCUGAGUUCUUCCAAGCAGGCCUCAGGAGCACCACAGCAGCCCGUGAAGAAUAAGGUGAUAAAGACGGAUCCUGAGCCCUGCUGCUCUGUUGUUGAGGGCUCCCAGUGGGAGAUGGAAUUGCGAAUCAGCGCAGUUUGUGACUACGUGAAGUUCAGCUGCAACACUGACACCAUCCACUUCAAAGACACCAUGCUUUACCAAACCAGGCUCCACCAACUGCAGAUCGUGAAUCAUGGCACUGUCAAACUGGAAUACUCCUGGCAAGUCCUCAUGGAUCCAAGGAACAACAUAGUAAACCAUGACCAAGGAGAAGGGACACUCACCCCUCGACCAGGCAGCAGGUCAGGAGCCGUGUCUACCGGAGCCCGCCCCGCCAGCGCUCUGGCCAGCGUGAUAUCUCUUCUGACGGGGAAUCCAGAGCUUCUGCCCAUCAGCAUCGAGCCCAGCAUAGGGGCCUUAGUGCCCGGUUCCACUCAGUACUUCAGCAUCCGCUUUUCACCUGUGGAAGUGGCCCAGUUUCAGGGCAGGCUGGUCAGCAGUGUCCCCAACUUGCAGGAUGGAGAUCAGGCUCCCUGUGUCUCGGUGUGUGGCCGCAGCCUGUUGCCCCACUGCCACUUUCACCUGGAGGACUCAGACUAUAUCAGUGGGAAACACCGUAACCCUGAUUUCAGGGGCCAUCUGGACCCUAACACCAGGGUCAUAGAGUUUAACUCUGUUGACUUCUCUGUGCCAUCAACAAGAUGUUUUAGUGUGGUGAACCCAACCAGUAAACCCUACUCCUUCAAGUGGAGGUGUGAAGACACAUGUGGCGGCCCAUUCUGCUGCCUCACCCCAUGUGGCACCAUCUUGCCUGGGAAGAAGGUGGAAGUGUGUUUUGAAUAUGUAGCUGAGCAGUUUGAAGCGGUGGAGUCGUUCUGGAGCUUUACGAUUGAGGCUCUGUCACUGUCUGUCCCCUUCCUGUGCGUGGGCACCACUAAAGAACCCCUCGUCUACCUCGACAGACCUCACAUUGACUUUGGAGAACUGCUUGUUGGUCGUAAAGUGGAACAGACAGUGGAUCUGGUGAACGGGGAGGAGAAGCUGUUCCACUUCUCUGUCUUGCAGUCAUCUCUUCUUUCUGAUGACCAGCAGUCCAGCCUCAUUUUGCAGCCUGUGACCGGCACAGUGGCCGCCAGAGACAGGUUGCCGCUGUCGGUGUCCUUCACGCCCUGCCGGGGGGGCUAUGUGAGCUUCAGAUUGGCUCUGAGGGUGAAGAGGAAAUCAGAGCCACUCGCGCUCACAGUUAAAGCCGACUGUUUCAGCAUGAGCACCUCCGUUCAACUUGAGAAGCCAGAAGGAGGCCUCAGAGACAUCAGCCCCAACCGCAAAGACACUCUGGACUUCGGGAAGGUGGGGAUUUCAGAGCAAUCCGCCUUUAAUUUCCUGGUGUCCAAUCUGGCGAGAUUCCGAUCAGAAGUCAACUUUGACCUAACGGGUCCCAGUGAGCUGCUGCAACACUUGCAAACCAAGCCACAAAACGGCACUAUUGAGGUUGGGAAGCAGCUGCGAUCUUUGCUCUUCUUUUGUCCAAGGAGCAUUUGCAACCUGCGGGACGUCCGACUGAGUAUCAAGGUGAAGCACGGGCCGACAUUUACAUUUGCUAUCAAAGGCAGAGCUGUAGCACCUAGCCUUGAAUUCUCCUUCACCAAGCACAACUUUGGCAAGUGCUUCGUGUACAGUCCGGGCAUGGGGCCGGCCUCCCGGACUCUCUUGAUCAGCAAUAAAGGCGAGAGAGACAUCAGUGUUGAGUCCCAGUUCAGAAACACCUCUUACCUAGAGAUGGACUUCCAACCAGGUAUUUUGUCCCCUGGCGCUGUGAUGGAGGCACCAGUCAACUUCUAUCCUCGUGAGGCAUCCCGCUACCAUGAAAGACUCACCUUUGUCUUAAACAGCUGUGUCACGAAACACGUCGACAUACUGGGCCAAGGCAUCGAGAUGAAGCUGGAGGUGGAGAAUCCCAAGCAGCGGAAAGUGAAGCUGGGAUCUCUGGUGUUGGGUCAGAAGGUGAAAAAACAAGUGGUUCUGGUCAAUCGCAGCCCUUUAGACCUCUCCUUUACUCUGCUGCUUAACACCAACACACCUCUGGAUCCAAGGGAUCUGUCAUUCAGUCCAGCAGGUGAGCUGAACCUGAAAGCCAGUGUUGGUUCGUGUAAUGUUGAGAUCCAGUUCUCACCUCGUCAGCACACGCCUCCCUUCACCGCUGAGCUGCAGGCGGAGUUUGCGGGCUUGUUACACCCCCUGCUGACCAUCCAAGGCUGCUGCCGGGGUGUGGAGGUCCAGCUGGACCAGGAUCACCUAGCCUUUGGAGCUGUUGUCCAGCGCUGCCAAGCCAGGAAGAGGAUUGUCAUGAUGAACGCUGGGGACAUUGGUGCCAGGUUCCAGUGGAAAACAGGGAAUUUUCCUCCAGAGUUGUCCAUCACACCAGCUAAAGGCUAUAUCUGUCCCGGCAUGGAGGUUCCUUUCGAAGUGACUUUUUCCCCGGUGGAACUGAUUAACGACAAAAGAUACGAGAACCUGUCUUGCUGUGUGGAGGGCUCCCCCUCACCCGUUACCCUCACUGUAACAGGCUCCUGCAUUGUAGCCUCCACUAGCAAAGAGAUGGUGAACUUUGUUUGCCCAGUGCGUGGCUCUCACAGCCAGACUCUGCCCGUGUUCAACCCCACAAACCAGCACUGCAGCAUCAGGCCUGUCGUAGAGGGAGAGCAGUGGAGCGCUGCGUCCUCUGUGAUCCUUGAACCCCUCCAAAACAAGACAUACAAGAUCACCUACCGACCGCUGUCCAUCACCGCUGAUGGGAAGAAACACCUGGGAUCGGUCUUCUUCUCCUUCCCUGAUGGGACGGGCAUGCUGUACUCCCUUCAAGGAACUGCUGAACCUCCAAAGGCAGAGGACAACAUUGUGCAUGAACUGCCGGCAAAGACUCACCACACAGAAAUGCUCCCUGUGCACAACUGGCUCUCUAAGCAACAGCGGUUUCGUGUGUUGAUGGAGAUCCUGAAACCAGACAAGCCAGAUGCUACGGUGUCCCUGAAGGGUCUAGAAUACAUUGAGGUCUCCGCUUUGGCCCGACGAGACUACAAGAUGUCUUUCUUUACAUACAGAGAGGGGCAUUACAACACCAAGGUGACGUUUCAUAAUGAGGGGUCCGGUGAGUACUUGUACUACCUUGUUACCUUCAAGGCCACAUCUCCAGGAGUCCUGUCCACCAUAGAGCUGGUGACCCCUGUCCGUCAGACGGCCUCGGCCACUGUGCAGGUGGAGAACCCCCUGACCACAGUUACCUGUCUGACCACUGAGUGUAAAUGCCCUGAAAUCAGUGCCCCACUUCUGCACACUGUGCCAGGACAGUCAAAGGGCUCUCUAAGCUUCGAGUACCAGCCCCUGCGUGCAGGCGAGUCCACAGCCCGGCUGACUCUGCACAGUAAUGAUCUGGGCUACUUCCACUACAAUCUGCUUCUCACAGCUCUUCCCCCACCACCAGAGAAAACCGUCCACUUCAACACUUGUCUGGGCAGCAGCCAUUCCGUUCUUGUUAAGUUUACCAACCACGCCCGCUUCAAAACUGAGUACUCAGGCAAGACUGAUUGCCCGGAAUUCACAGUGGACAAGGCCCUGCCCCAGGUGGGGUCAGAGGUCAGCAUGGAGGUUUCUUUUGAACCUCAUCAGCUGGGGAAAGUGAGGGGCCAGCUCAGCGUGUCCUCAGUGAUCGGUGGCUAUUACAUCUUUCCCUUGCAUGGGAUCAGCCUCCCUCCCAAAGCCCAGGGCCCGUUUAGUGUCCGGACCGGUCACAGAGUUGCCAUCCCCUUCAAGAAUAUAUUCCUGCAGACCACCACUUUCUCUUUUCAGGUGGACAACAAUUGUUUUACAGUUAAAGAGGCGGACCCCAUUCUCUCCAAAAAGACCCACAACAUCCUGAUAUCCUUUGAGGCCCCUCCUGAAGGCUUCCCGGGGCCGUGGUUCGGCAAGCUGACCGUCUCCAGCCAGUGCUCCGAGGGCCACAGCAGACCUUGUUCUUGGGUCUAUUACCUGAAAGGGCUACCGCUCUGAGAGAGAGAGAUGUGUGACAAAUAGAUAAAUAAAUGCACAGGAAACGAUCUUAACUCAAGCCUUCAGUGUGUAACUUACUUUUAUGAUGCUUCAGUUCAAUGUGUUGACAAAUGAUUUAUUCAAUGCCUAAACUCAAAUGCCGGUGUCAAAAUAAUAGCCAGAAUUGCCCUGUGUAUAUUUAUUUGCUUAGAAUAAUUAGUUUAGAAUUAGUUUAGAAUUAGUCACAUUUGUGUUCGUAAAUAUUUGAAGAGUCAACUGAAUAAAACCU